AUGCAUUCUGAGACACAUGGCACUUCAGCAGGAUCAGCAGAAGAAUGCAGCGUUUCCUCGCUGACGGCCGGUAACACUACUGUUACUGACAAGCAAGACGCUGAUAACGACGGACUGUACGACUUCCAGUUAUUUCUCUCACAAUUGAAGGAUCCAUGUGCAGAUCCAAUAUUAAGGUAUACCAAGUCCUUUUUACAUAAUUUCUCGUCCCAGAAGCAACAAUGGAGGGCUACAGAGCAGCAGAAGCUUGUUAAUGAUUUCAAACUAUUUAUCUAUGAUAAGUUUACCGCAUACGAACCUUUUAAAUCUCUGGACGCUACGAGGCUGGCGAAUGCUAAAGAAGGCAUCGAGAAAUUGGUAAUGGGAAAGCUAUAUACGAAAUGCUUCUCACCCUGUCUUAAAAAUGAGGCAGGGAAGUUGGAUCAGGAACAUCAGCAAGACUUAGACCAGGAUGAUCAAUUGCGGAAGAAGAUAUUAGAGUACAAGUUCAUAGAACCCAGUCAUAUGGAAAUUGCGUCGGAGCUUUCUCCGAAGCUGGAUACCUUUGUCAAGAUGUCUGCUGGAGAAUUGGAAAAGAUAAAUAACUAUAAAGCUCCGCGUGAUAAGAUUGUUUGUGUAUUGAACAGUUGUAAAGUCAUUUUUGCAUUCCUAAAACACUCCAAAUUGGACGUCAGUGGCGCAGAUAUUUUCCUGCCGCUGCUAAUUUACACCCUAAUAAAGAGCGAUGUUCAGGCUCUAGUCUCAAAUGUGAAAUACAUCGAGAGAUUCAGAUUACCGGAUUUCCUACAGGGAGAGUCAGCAUACUAUUUGAGCAGCGUCCAGGGCGCGAUCAAUUACAUCCUAGAAAUGGAUAAAACAUCCUUAAACAUCAACGAUGUAGAGGCUUUCGAACUAAAAUAUAAUCAAAAUCAAGAGCAACUAAGCCAAUCAAAAUUGUUAAACGAACAAUCUCAAUCUACGGCAUUGGCGGGAGCCGCUCCCAUGUCUCCAAGUAGUUACAUUUUAAGACCAUUAGACGAGGCUGCAAACAACUUGCUAAACCUAGUAAGUGAGUUUCUAACUUCCAAAUCGGGGACUCCUAUCGAUGAUAAUUCUAAGUCGUUAGGGGGUGAAAUCGAUGAGGAGACCGCUACUAGGCUAGCUAAAAACAUGGAACAUAAAGAACAUCUUCAAAUUAGACAGAAUCUUCAAGCCAUGUUUCCUAACAUUGAUCCAGGCGUAAUCCAAGAUGUUUGCAUAGCUAGUAAGUAUCGUAUCGGCGUCUGCGUCGAUUCGUUGCUCUCGUUAAUGGACUAA